AUGGGUACUGGCAUAGUCUCAAUUCUCCUCCAUUCCCUUUCUACACUUUACCCCGGACAUCACGGGUCCCUCAACGUCCUCAGCAUCGUUUUCUUCAUCUUGAACGUCAUCCUGUUCUCUCUCAUCUUCAUCGUGUCCGCUCUGCGAUAUCUCAUUUAUCCGGCGACGUGGAAGUUGAUGAUCAACCACCCCGUUCAGUCGCUCUUCCUUGGCACAUUGCCGAUGGGGUUCGCUACCAUUAUCAACAUGUUCACGCUUGUUUGCGUGCCCAGGUGGGGAGGAGCGAGUCCGUAUAUUGCUUGGGGUAUGUGGUGGAUCGAUGCCGCCGUUAGCGUUGCCUGUUGUUUUGGGCUUCCAUUUCAGAUGAUGACCAAACACAAGAACCGCCACGACACCAUGACCGCAGCUUGGCUCCUUCCUAUUGUAGCUUCUGUUGUUGCCGCAGCAUCCGGGGCCGUAGUUGCAUCCGUCUUGCCCAAUCCGCGACACGCUCUUAUCACGAUCAUAACGAGCUAUGUGAUCUGGGGAACUGGUGUGCCGCUAGCUCUGGUAGUGAUGGCGAUCUACUUCCACAGACUGGCCGUUUACAAACUGCCACCCCACGAAGUCAUCGUAUCGGUCUUCCUUCCGCUAGGACCUAUGGGCCAAGGAGGAUAUGGAAUCAUGGAACUCGGAAAGGUGGCGUUGAAGAUAUUCCCUGAGACGGAGACAUUGCACCCAGCCGCUGGCGAGAUCAUGUAUGUCUUGGGCUUCGGCGUGGCGAUCGUAAUGUGGGGAUUCGGGCUUGUGUGGCUCUUCUUCGCCUUGGCGUCAAUCCUGAGCCGCCAGAAAUUUCCGUUCAAUAUGGGCUGGUGGGGCUUCACUUUCCCAAUCGGCGUCUUUGCGAUGGCGACGAUCACCCUCGGGCAAGAGCUACCGUCCUCAUUCUUCAGGAUUUUGGGCACGGUAUUCGGAAGCUGUGUCAUGCUACUUUGGUUUGUCGUAGCCGCCGGUACGGUGAAGGAGAUGGCUCGCGGGAGAAUGAUCGAAGCGCCGUGCUUACGAGAAUUGGAAAGAGCGAGCCAGAGGGGGGCAGAAAAGGGACGACAAGAGGCUUAG